UUGGUUUUGGCGUGGAUCGGAUCGGAUCGGUGGGCCAUAGCCUCCCUGAAUACAUAUAUAUGUAUAUAUACCUAAACGCCGGAUUUCGGACUGCGAGUGCAGCGGAAAAAUCGAGGAAAGUGCUCGGGACUGGAAUUCCGCAUUUGUUUACCUCCGUGUGUUUGUGUUUUUGAAACGUUUUGUGUGUUGUUUUGUUGCUCUGAAAAAAAGGAAAACAAUCUAGAUUGAAUCAACAAGAGCACUGCGCCAUCUAUCGGGGAUAAUCGGUCUCCCUCUUCUAUAAAUGUGUCCAAAACUUUGACGUAUCCGCCGGAAGCGCCUUUUCUGGCCAUAACAAGUGCAAAGCCAACAGGUGAAAAGACUGCCCAAAUCGAAGAGGGCUGCCGCAACUAUUGACUACUGAAAACUUUUCCAGCAGUUAUUAAAAGGAAGGAAUCAAAAUGUCUUUGGACAACCCCUAUUAUUUUUGCAAUGACACCAAAUCGCCGCGCACCCCGGACUCGCAGUCGUCGAGCCGGGGAUUCUCGAUCUUCAAGCGGCGGAACUCGAAGGGCAGCAGCCCCCGUCCGGUGGUGGUGACCAAUCCGGAACAGAUGCGCCUGAUCACAUCCGCCAAUCUGGACACAACGGCCACCAUGGCGUUCGGAAGUCAGCGCGGCAGCUUCAACUCCCUCGGCGGUUUCUCACAACACACGUUUGAGAUGCAACCGAUGCACAUGAACCGCCAGCGAUCAUCGAAUUCGCACUCGGAGUUCCGGGAACGCCUGAAUUCCUGCAACGAAACACACAGUUCCCAGUGCCCCGGUGGAGGAGGAGGAGUUUCUGGAGGGGAUCACGACGAGGUCUUCAAUCCGCUGACAUCGCCAACAAGUAGCAAAUCCCAUCGACAUCACACCCUGCCAAGUGGCGGAGCUCGUCGCCAUUCCCUGGGAAACUGGGCCCAACAUCAGCAGCAGCAGCAACAAAACUCGGGACCGGGAUCCCCGGAUGAGGUGCCCAGCAUGAUGGCCCCGCGUCCACCGCUCCUCUCGCCCAACAAAUUCCGCGGCAGUUCUCAUCGACGAAGAGACAACUGUGGCAACGUGAACAACGCGAGUGGAGCGAGUGCAUCCGGCUGCUUUGGACCCACCGGCUAUAACAUGGACGACAUCCUGAUCAUCACCGCCAAGCACAGCGAGCGCGCCUAUCUGCGGGCCACUUUCCUGAAGAACCACUUCGACAAGAUCACCAAGCAGCGCGGACGGAAACCAUUCAAUUUUCUGCACAUUAAAAUUGACGAUGGUCCCUUCAGCGAGGAUAUCGCCCAAAAGUACCAGAACACAGCGCUGCAGAUUGUGAUCCUGUGUCCCGCCUUGCUGGCCCUGCCACACAGUUUCCUGAUGACGCAGCUCUCGGCCAUCAUUCGCGUGGAGAAGGUCCUGGCCAUUUUGCUGGACGUCGGCGAGGAGAAGGUGAAGGAGAUGCACAAGACGGCGCUGCCGAGUUACUACAAGUGGCGGAGGUGUGUCGUAAGGGAUAACGAUCAAGUGCAGAUCAGCAAUAUCCUGGGCAUAGCCACCGAUAUCCUGGGAAGAGCUCUGUGCCAGCGACCGCCCUGCCAGGAUAAUUCUGGAGGAGGAAGUGGUGGCCUGUCGCGCAGCUUCUCGAGUUGCAGCGAAGGAUUCACUGUGCUGCCCAAGAAAGUGAAACUGGGUCAGAAUAAAGUGGUUGCUCUGCUGGCGGAACCCCUGGAGAAGAAUGAUACCCUGAAACUCCUGGUGGAGAAAUCUGGCGAACUGAUUGAGCUGCGCAACUUCAAGUGCCGCAAUCCCUACACCCUGCAGUUCUCCAUCCCAGAAGCCUGCAUGGAGAUCUCCACCAUGAUCGAGAUCCGGAUCGAGAAGAACAACAAGAGCUUGGGUGCCAGGCCCAUCAAGUGCGAGAGUCGCCUGCGGGAAUUGGAGCAGCUCUUAAGGAUCGAGGACUCACCCAUUGAAUUCAUGUGCCAUGCCUUGGGAAUUGGACCAGUGGAAAGGGAUCCCUUGGAUCAGCAUUUGCUGCAGUGUUUCCAGCGGAAUAUGCCACCCAAUUUCCAUUUGUUAAGCGGAGCCAGCGAAAGGCAGCCGCACUUCUUCACAAGAUUGGAAUCCAGUCCGGAGGAGUAUCCCACUCUGCUGCACUUUGCUGCCCGUUGGGGUCUGAAUCGCCUGUGCAUCCAGUUGAUGGAGUGCCCGGGUGGCGACACCGCUUGUGGCGUGAGAAACUGCGCGGGAAGAACUCCAGCUGAGUUGGCCGAACAGGAGGGUCAUCACAAAUUGGCCCAGAAUAUAGUGAGCUUUGCGGAGUUCCAUGAACUGACCACCAUGUACCAUUACUUCAAGGGAGUCACUCCACCAGGAGAUAGUAAUCCCAAACCAAAUGCAAAUGUGGUGAUUGAAGCCCUUCCUGGCAAGGGAAAAACCAGCAAGCCACCGAAGGAACUGCCCUCCACGGAAUACAUGGAGAUGUCCAGUGGCUCCGAGAGGGAAAACACACCCGAAGUGAGGAACAAAACGGAGACCAUGGCCAUUUCCAAUCUCAACUACAUAAGUGUGGAAACGGAGGAUGAAAACCUACAGGCUUCGGUGGCCGAAAAGAAAGUGGAAUCCGAGAAGAAACUGCCCGAAGCGGGAAGUCAACCUGGACCGGAAAAAACAACCAAUGAACUGAGGAUAAAUGAGCCGCCUUACUACCAAUCCAAGGAGCAGAAUCACCAGGUUAAGUCCUUGGAUGAGGUGGAUGCCUCGCCUCUCUAUCAAACCGACAAAUUCAGCCAGGAGUGCUCGCAACUUUUGGAGAACCAACUGGGCAACGACUACGUGCUGCAGCCCUCCAAUGUGCCAGUGAGCCAGGAUGAUGGCAACUACCUGUUCCAGCCCUCGAAUCGUCCCGUUGAGGAGCCGCUUCGAUUGAGCCGCUGCACCAACAGACAGCCGGGCUAUGGAACCCUGAAGCGAAGUGCCAGCGAUGCCUCCGCCGCCAGUCACACGCGAUCCAAUGCCGACGACGAGCUGGCCGAGAUUAUGCACGACUUCAAGAACAACGUGCUCUCCAUUCGGGAUGUGGAGCUGCUGGUGGAGCGGUGGAAGCACCGCAACGAUGUGCAGCAGAGCUUCCGGGAGAAACAGGACCAGAUUGACCAGCUGCGCAGGGAAUACGAACGGAUUCAGGAGCAGGUGAAGACGCAUCUGAAGCGGGAAACUCCCUUCGAGCGGAUCAAGAAGUUCUUUUCGCGAUCCAAAACGCCGGGAGGAAAUGACAGCCUGCUGGACGAGACCAAAUCCUCGAUAGCCACCAGCUGUAGCUUCAAGUCGAGCGGUGGAGGAGUGGGAGCGAGUGCCUCGGUGGGAGCAGGACGACCCAUCAGUUCGCUGAGUCUGCAGAGUGUUUCCAGUUCGAGUUCCUCCUCGGGAAGACUGAGCACUGGCAGCAAUUGCAGUGGCGCCUCGCUGGGAGAUUCGGGUACCCACUCGGAUCACGAGGAUCGCCGUUUUCCGCACUGCCGCAUGAUGGAUAACUACUUGGUGCCACCGCCACCCAGACCUGUAUUCACGCCCAGUUCAACGCCAGGCGAUGAACGCCAUCAGAUUGUGUUCCCCUCGCCAAUGUCCAGCUGCCAGCGACUAAACACCCCGACGAGUCCCACGGGAUCCGAGCACUACCAGAUGUUCCCCUCGAACAUUCCGGUUUAUGGCAGCCAACCGCUGGCCAAUUCGCAGAGCAGUAACUACCUGAACACCAUCAUGGAAGCCAAGGAGCAGGCGGAAACGCAGCACUACCAGAAUCAGAACGGAGUCACCCUGCAACCCAUUAAGCUGAAUGAGAGAUCGAACAUCAUUUAUGGCAAGCUGACCAAGAGCAGUUCCGCCAGCGGAUGCAGCUCCUUCAAGCCGAAACAGAUCCCAGUUCCCUGUCCCCAAGUGGGCAGCAUUGAGGUGCAAGCGGAGGUCUACCAGAAUGUGGGGGAUAUUCCACCGGAGAAGGAAUCGAAAACAGAGGAGGAGGCACCAAACUACAUGAACUGCUAGGCCAUCCAAACGAAACAGAUCGAAAUCGAUUCGAUUCGAAAGAGAUUUAGUUUGAUGAAAAGAAAUAAGCUUGAUAUUUGUUUAGUCUGUAAGCUCAUCCAUUUGCAUACCAAACGAAAGGAUGAAAUGAGUAUGAACUAGUUAUCGGUAUUCUAACUAUAGUUUUAAGAUAUUCAAAAGUGAACUAAAAGCCUUGGAAAUUAAAUAUCUUUUGAGGUUUCAAGAUCACUUUGGAUUAUUUGUAUUAUCUACGUAGUCUUCGGUUUCAGCAUCUAAUUGUAUAUUUGUGAAACGAUUGCAAGCAACCAAAUCAACAUAUCGUUAGCUCUUAAGUGUAGAUCCUAAGUCGAUACCAACGAACCAAGCAGAUGACAUAUCAACGCGAUUCAUUCAAGUUUAGGAAUAACCCAUUUAGUGCUAAGAUUCCCACCUUUGGCAUGCCGUUAAGCAUGAAAAACUCGUUCAUUCUUCUCUCUUCAACACACACAAGUUAAAUGCAAUAAAUUUUUUUAUAUAUAAGCAAA